AUGGCGCGGCCGGUCCGGGGAGCGCUCGGGGCCCCGCGUCGCUCGCCGCGUCCGGUCCUGCCGCCGCCGCCGCCGCCGCUGCUGCUGCUGCUGCUGCUGCUGCUCCGGCCGGGGUCGGCGGGGGCCGAGCCGCGAGCGCCCUGCGCGGCCGCCUGCACUUGCGCGGGGGACUCGCUGGACUGCGGCGGGCGCGGCUUCGCGGCGCUGCCCGGGGACCUGCCCGCCUGGACGCGGAGCCUAAACCUGAGUUACAACAAACUGUCUGAGAUUGACCCUGCUGGUUUUGAGGACUUGCCGAAUCUACAGGAAGUGUACCUCAAUAACAAUGAACUGACAGCCGUGCCGUCCCUGGGUGCUGCUUCAUCUCACAUCAUCUCUCUCUUUCUGCAGCACAAUAAGAUCCGCGGUGUGGAGGGGAGUCAGCUGAAGGCUUACCUUUCCCUGGAGGUGCUGGACCUGAGCUCGAACAACAUCACGGAGAUCCGGAACACCUGCUUUCCCCACGGGCUGCGCAUAAAGGAGCUCAACCUGGCAAGCAACCGGAUUGGCACCCUGGAGUCGGGAGCAUUUGAUGGUCUGUCACGGUCGCUGGUAAUGCUCCGCUUGAGCAAAAACAGGAUCACCCAGCUUCCUAUGAAAGCAUUCAAGUUACCCAGGCUGACACAACUGGACCUGAAUAGGAAUCGGAUUCGGGUCAUCGAGGGCCUGACAUUCCAGGGGCUUGACAGUUUGGAGGUGCUAAAGCUCCAGCGAAACAACAUCAGCAAGCUCACGGAUGGGGCCUUCUGGGGACUGUCCAGGAUACACGUGCUGCACCUGGAGUACAACAGCCUGGUGGAGGUGAACAGGGGUUGGCUCUACGGCCUCUCGGCCCUGCACCAGCUCCACCUCAGCAGCAACUCCAUCGCUCGCAUUAACCGUGAAGGCUGGAGCUUCUGCCCGAAGCUGCAUGAGCUGGUCUUGUCCUUCAAUAAUCUCACCCGGCUGGACGAGGAGAGCCUGGCCGACCUGAGUAGCUUGAGCAUCCUGCGCCUCAGCCACAACUCCAUCAGCCACAUCGCAGAAGGCGCCUUCAAGGGACUCAAAAACCUGCGUGUCCUGGAUCUGGACCAUAACGAGAUUUCGGGCACAAUAGAGGACACCAGCGGCGCUUUUACGGGGCUCGACAGUCUGAGCAAGCUCACUCUGUUUGGAAACAAGAUCAAGUCCGUGGCUAAGAGAGCCUUCUCGGGGCUGGAAGGCUUGGAGCACCUGAACCUUGGAGAGAAUGCGAUCAGAUCUGUCCAGUCUGAUGCCUUUGUGAAGAUGAAGAAUCUCAAGGAGCUCCGUAUUAGCAGUGACAGCUUCCUGUGUGACUGCCAGCUGAAGUGGCUGCCGCCGUGGUUACUGAGCAGGACGCUGCAGGCCUUCGUGACGGCCACCUGCGCGCACCCAGAGUCGCUGAAGGGCCAGAGCAUCUUCUCCGUGUCGCCGGAGAGUUUCGUGUGUGAUGACUUACCAAAGCCACAGAUUAUCACCCAGCCAGAGCCCACUAUGGCUGUCGUGGGCAAGGACAUCCGGUUCACGUGCUCAGCAGCCAGCAGCAGCAGCUCCCCGAUGACAUUUGCCUGGAAGAAGGACAACGAGGUUCUGGCCAACGCCGACAUGGAGAACUUUGCCCACGUCCGCGCACAGGAUGGGAAGGUGAUGGAGUACACCACCAUCCUGCACCUGCGCCACGUCACCUUCGGACAUGAGGGCCGCUACCAGUGUGUCAUCACCAACCACUUUGGUUCUACCUACUCCCACAAGGCCAGGCUCAUUGUGAAUGUGUUGCCGUCAUUUACCAAAAUCCCCCACGACCUCGCCAUCCGCACCGGCACCACGGCCCGUCUUGAAUGUGCGGCCACCGGCCACCCUAACCCCCAGAUCGCUUGGCAGAAGGAUGGAGGCACGGAUUUCCCUGCUGCUCGUGAACGACGCAUGCACGUCAUGCCCGAUGAUGAUGUAUUUUUCAUCACAAAUGUGAAGAUAGAGGACAUGGGGCUUUACAGCUGUACCGCCCAGAACUCGGCCGGCACCGUUUCCGCGAACGCCACCCUGACAGUCUUUGGUUCGACCACUCAUCCCCUAAAAACCCCGUCCUUGGUGGUACCUCUGGAAGACCGUGUGGUGUCUAUGGGAGAGACGGUGGCUCUCCAGUGCAAAGCGACCGGGAACCCCACCCCCCGCAUCACCUGGUUAAAGGGGGGCCGCCCCCUGAGCCUCACUGAGCGACACCACUUCACCCCCGGCAACCAGCUGCUUAUCGUUCAGAAUGUGGUAGUGGAGGACGCGGGCCAGUACACGUGCGAGAUCUCCAACACCCUGGGCACGGAGCGGGCGCACAGCCAGCUGAGCAUCCUGCCCGCCCCUGGCUGCAGGAAGGAUGGCACCACUGUGGGCAUCUUCACCAUCGCAGUGGUGUGCAGCAUCGUCCUGACGUCCUUGGUCUGGGUGUGCAUCAUCUACCAGACCAGGAAGAAGAGUGAGGAGUACAGCGUCACCAACACAGAUGAAACCAUUGUGCCGCCGGAUGUUCCAAGCUACCUCUCUUCUCAGGGGACUCUUUCUGACCGACAGGAAACUGUGAUCAGGACUGAGGGUGGCCAUCAGGCCAAUGGGCACAUCGAGAGCAACGGUGUUUGUCCGAGAGACGCAAGCCUCUUUGCAGAGGUGGACGCUCAUGGCGUUACGUGCAGGCAGCCCCAGCUCUGCACCGGAUGUAACAAGGAGCCGUGGGACGGGAUGGAGAAAGCCCAGCGGAGACCUGGUCCGCAGAAGAUGGAGCACAGUGGCCCGGCUGCGUGCGGUGACUGUAACACUGACUCGGACGGUUACUCCAAGGAACAAGCUUUCUAUCCUCAGCCUGUGACCAGAGAUGGCGCACAGCCCGGUACACUAAGCAGCCAGGAGCCCAGUCAGACGGACCGGGAACAUUCUCUGCAUCAUAUGACCAGUGGGACUGCUGACAGGUCCCGUGCCGACUGCAAGGGGUCCCUCUAUCCCAGUAACCACGACAGAAUGCUGACACCCUUGAAGAAAAAGCCAAUGGCACCUCCAGAUGGGAAAGGGGCCUCCUCUUGGACUUUAGCGAGGCUGUGUGAGCCAGACUCCAUAGACCUCCAGCCUCCCUCGACAUUAACUCCAGGCAGUCCUGAGCUCCCAGAAGCCUCCUCGGGCUUUCCUGACGUCCCCAGUGAAGGCCAGCACUUGCUUCUUUCCAACGGACACCUCCCCCAAGCGUGUGACUCCAGUCCCGAGUCCCUACCGCUGACAGGACAGCUCCCCGGGCAACGGGGCGUACCCCUGCUCUUUGCACCGAAAAGCUAGGCUUUGUCUACCUCAGCUCUUGUGUCCGUCUCUACAGGAAAGAGGUAGGAGAGGCUGUAAGGAAGCUUGAGUUCAAGCGUCACUGAUGUGUACAGAGUUUUUAAACUUCCAUGUGGAGUGUCCGUGGUCUAAAGGACUUGCAGCUGAAGCACAGAACCGCCAGAGGCUAUUGUGUACAAAAGCAGAAAAGUAUUUGAUACCAUUGUACAUAAGAGUUUUCAGAGAUUUCCUAUAUAUUAUAUAUCUUUUGCAGAGGCUAUUUUAAUCUUUAGUGCAUGGUUAACAGAAAAAAAAGUACAAUUUUGACAAUAUUAUUUUUCAUAUCAGGUUGCUGUUUAAUUUUGGAAGGGGGGCAGGGAAUAAUAGUUCUGGUGCCUUAAUGCAUGGAUGGAAGUUGUAGAAGCUAAAAACCACAUUUGCUCCUAGGAGUAUCUGGCGGGUGGGGAGGGGAAGUCCUUGGGUUUGUAUUGCACUUCAUAGGCCAGCCCCGUGGGAGGCUGUACGGCCCGAGCCUUCGUGUGCGUUGGAACUCACUUCCUGUCAGUAUUGCUCACGUGUGGCUGCUCUCGCAGCUCCCCUCCCUGCAGAGUCCAGAGAUGCCCAUGUCGUCCUGUACCUCUGCCAUACGUGACUUUCUUGAAAGUUUAAGUUCUUGCCAAGCAGGACGGGGGUGGUUAAUCUGCCACGAGGCAUUUGUUCCAAGCAAUUAAGCACUGCCUGCCUUUCUUCUAUGAGAAAAGCAAAUGUGGUUGUCAUCCGUAUCGUUCGAUUGUCAUUCGAGGCUUUUUAUUAAGGUAGAGGCUGCUGGUGUUGGUACCUGUGGAUUUUUCAAUAGUGAUGUUUUAGUUCUGCCAAUAUAAUUAAUAUGACAUUGAUCAUGGGGGAGAAAAAGGAUCGAGUCCUUACUUUUCAGGGCUAGCUUAUCUCUACUGAGGAUCCGGAGCCUGUCUCUCCACGUCCUUCCCUCCCACCGACAGACCCGGGCUGGGACUGUACAAGCUUAAGAAGCCCUUGACCGGGGCCUAUUUGCACUUUGGAGACCUGUAGCUAACCAUCUUGUGAGUGCCAAUGUGUAUUUCAGGAAAAACUGCAUUGAAACAAGGUCCUUAAAAUCUCAGAAAGCAAGUUCCUUUAGCCAAAAAGCUGAAGGUACAGACUGACAAAAUGGUUGUUAAAUUUUACUGUCCGGUGUCAUCACUGUUCUAAAAGGUAAGCACAUUCAGACUUGUGUUCUCAACAGUCAACUGAUUAAUGUUACUUCCACAAAAUAUGUGAAUUUGCUGCUUCUGAGAGGCAAUGUGAAAGAGGAAGUAUUACUUUUAUGUACAAAGUUAUUUAUUUAUAGAAAUUUUGGUACAGUGUACAUUGAAAAACAUGUAAAAUAUUGAAGUGUCUAACAAACGGCGUUGAAGUGUCUUUAAUAAAGGUUCAUUUAUAAAUGCUGA